AUAUCUCUCUGUUUCGCAUCUGAUGGAGGAAUCAAGUGAGCCAACGGAAACCAUGAUCGACGAGUUAUACGAGUUUUUAGCGCCGCGUUUCUUCGAUUUCAUGAAAGGAGAGUCGGAAGAAGAUACGCGCAAUGCCGAGCUUUGGUUGGAAACGGCUUUAAGCUACGCCCCUUCUCCUUUUAUAGUUAGAAUCAGGGCUGGUAAUAGAUCCUUCCAUGUAGAGAGUCUCUGCAAUUUUAGUGAAGCAGAUCAAAUGCAGAAGGCAUCUGAAUCAUCAGAUGCAACAACUCCUAACUGCAACUUAGAAGAUAAGCCUCAAGCUGAGCUCGUGCCAGAUAAAGUAAAUGAAGAAGUUAAACCCUCCGAGGCAAAGGUUGAAAUCAAUCAAAUUGUCACUGAGGUUGCUAAUGAUGAUAAAGAUACGGAAAAAGCAGCGACUGUAAGUGCUCAAGAUAAUGGAAGUGACCUGACUCAAAGGGCGCGUUCAAAUGUAACUGGUGAUAAAGAGAAAAGCAAAUCUUCUGUGCAAGUAGAAACUGAAGCUUGCUGCACCUCUAAACUAUUGAUGAAUUCUUCAAAAAAACUGGUGAGUGACAAGAAGAAUCAGACAGCUAAAAAGAUAGCUAGUUUGUUACAGAAUCCAUCAAUGUUGAAGACGAAGAACGGUAGUGCUGGAACACCUAAUUUGUCUCUAGAAAACCAAGCCAUUAAACGUCAGAAACUAGACGGAGGGAGAUCUAGACAGAUCUUAAACAUAAAACCCCACAACUUGCCCCACAAGUCAAAACUUGGUCUUACCAGUGGUAGUUCCAACUUGUGCUCUUCUACUGCUAAAACUUUUAACAAAUUGGAAAGGAAGGUUUAUGUUCGAGAACCAGCAGCACCAUUUGUUUCAAUGGCAGAAAUGAUAAAAAAGUUCCAAUCAAGUACCAGGGAUUUGUCACUUCCUAGCAGUUCUCUGUCAAAUAUGAAGCCUACACUCAAAUUGACAAGCCCUAAAGAACCUGAAUUUGAAACAGCACAGAGAGUGCGCUCAGUUAGAGUGAAGAGCACCUCAGAGCUUGAGGAAGAAAUGAUGGCUAAAGUUCCAAAGUUCAAAGCAAGAACAUUGAACAAGAAGAUUUUUGAAGCUCCAGCACUACCUGCAUUACCAAGAAGUACUCCAAAGCUUCCAGAAUUUCAGGAAUUUCAUUUUGAGACAAUGGCUAGAGCUAAUAAGAAUGCGGAGACAUCUUCAGUAGCUUCAACAGAAGUAUCUCGUCAGAAUAAUCAGUGGAAACCUCAUCUCACAGAACCUAAAACCCCUGUACUUCAAACAUCACUGAGGGCACGGCCUUCAAAAGUCAAAAGUUCUAUUGACCUUGAGCAGGAGGAACUUGAAAAAGCACCUAAAUUUAAGGCAAGGCCAUUGUAUAAAAAGAUAUUUGAGAGCAAAGGAGAAUUGGGAAUCUUCUGUAAUGCAAAGAAACAAGUAACUAUACCUCAAGAAUUCCAUUUUGCAACAAAUGAGAGGAUCCCACCAGCAGCUGCCGUUGUUGAUUUAUUUGACAAGCUUUCUCUGAAGUCAGUACCUAGCCAUGACCCAACUCCAAGAAACACCAUUCCCAUUCCAUUCCAUCUCCAAGCAGAGGAAAGAGGAUCUGUGAAAGAAAGGAAGUUUGUGAUGGAAAUUAUAGAGAAGCAGUUAGAAGAGGAAAGAGCCAGGGUUCCCAAGGCUAACCCAUAUCCUUACACCACUGACUACCCUGUGAUUCCUCCAAAACCGGAAUCCAAGCAAUGUACAAAACCAGAACCCUUCCAAUUGGAGAGUCUGGUGAGGCAUGAGGAGGAGAUGCAAAGAGAGAUGGAAGAAAGACGGCAAAAAGAGAAAGAAGAGGCUGAGAUGAGGAUCUUCAAGGCCCAGCCAAUUCUAAAAGAGGGCCCAAUUCCUGUUCCAGAGAAAGUUCGCAAGCCUCUGACUAAAGUACAAGAAUUCAAUCUACAUGUUGAUCAUAGAGCGGUGUAUAGAGCAGAAUUCGAUCAAAAAAUUAAAGAGAAAGAAAUGAUGUACAAGAGAUACAGAGAGGAGAGUGAGGCUGCUAGAAUGAGAGAGGAAGAGAAAGCAUUGAAGCAAUUGAGAAGGACAAUGGUUCCCCAUGCUAGGCCUCUUCCCAAGUUUGACCAUCCUUUUUGUCCACAAAAGUCUUCCAGGGAAACAACAAAAUCCAAAUCACCACAUCUACGUGUUCUUCAAAGAAAGGAAAGGGGGAAAAUGAUCUGUUCGCUCACUGCUGCAACUUCCAGUCCCGCCACUCUUAUGAGGUGAUUUUAAGUUUGUUCAAGAACUUUUGAACCCCUGUGAAACAAA